CACACAGCCGGAAACGCAGAAGAAUUCGACUCAGUGAGGGCUUUUCCUUUCCAUUUCCUUCCUUAUGCAGGAAAAUGCGUAACAGUUAUCAUGGUUGAUGCCAAAGACGUUUGGCUCUGGUUAGUGGAAAGUGGAAGGCAAUGGUGAAAUGAGGUAAGAAAUUCCAGGGUCAGACAUGGACGCAGUAAUUGUGGGCUUCUCCCAGGAGCUUGCUCUUUUUGGAUAAGGGCUACAGGAACAAGUCCCAACCAGCUGGCUGCCUAAGCCUACAAUCCCCUGCGCCCGAUUCUGAAGGCCGCUCAGCCUUGGACAGAUGCACACACCACAGGGAGCCUCAUUUGCAGGAGAUGAGUGUUCCCUUGUUCUAUUUUAACCAUUGCCACAGGGUCGGGAAAGAUUUUGCUUGAAAUUGGUGGUAAACAGUGACAGCCAAGCUUUCUCCUUGACCGGAGAAAGUGAAUCACGACUUGCACAGUAUUUAAUGGCUCACGAGUAAACACGUUUUCUUCCCGCCUGCCCGCACUUCUGGAGCCAGUUGUGGCAGCUGCGGACACCGGGGCGACGUCCUGCUGGGCUCUGGAGGGAGGACGAGGAGCAGACCAGAGCAGCACUUCCCUCGGCGGAGGAAGCUCCGGAAACCGACCCUCGCUGAUCCCUCCCACCCAGGACCUAGUCACGGUGAUAAACACCAGUCCUGGCCCUACCGGCGGAAGGGCAAGUUCAAGCGCAGGGUGUCCACCCUGCAGCGGGUUGGUGGUGCGGACGCCUAAACACCCGGCCAGGCUCGGCGCAGCUCAGCCGCGGCCCACAGAGCUGAGCCGACCGCGAUCACUGCGCCUGCGCGUCCGGGUCCAGCUCUCACGCCCCUUUCCGCGGCCGUGUUGCCAGGCCGCCGUCGCUUAGCAACGCAACGCACGAGUCACAGUUGCCUCGCUCUCGGGCCUCAUUCCUAGCAAGGCUACGUCCCCGUUCUUCUGAUAGAGGCUCCUCGUUGCCACGUGCCAGGCCGUAGGAGCCCAUGGAAGGAAAGGAGGAAAAGCUGCAACAGCAUAAAAUAGAAGAUGAUGGUAUAGUAUAUGUAACUGAGAAAGAAGAAGAAAUCAAACAUGAAAAAAAACCUGGGAAAAGCAUACAACGUUCAAAACCAUGUGUGAGGAGAGGACGUGUAGAUUAUGCCAAAUUCAUUAUCACAAAUGCAAGAACAUUCUAUGAACCAAUUCCCUACAUAGAUUCCAAAAACAAGACAGAGGACCAGAGUGAUUGGUGGUCAUAUAGUAAAGCACUGGAACAUGUCUUCCAACCACCCUAUGAUACUAAGAGCACCCAGAGGAGUGACUUCCAAAAACCAACAUGUCCACUGAUUUUGCCUGUCAAACACAGCAAGAUGCAAAAGGCUUCUUCUGGAAUAGUUCCACUUGCCUCUCCAGAUGCAUCAGCAGAACUUCAAAACAAAUUUACAGAAUACAUGUCUUUUAUACACCAAUAUGAUUCCAGGAAAACUCCCAAUGAGCCCAUCCGGGGAAAGUUUUGGACGAAGGAGACAGCCAAUGAAGAGCAGAGAAGUAAGUGCCUGCCUCACCAGGACUUGACCUAACCGACAAACUCAGCUGCGUCUUCCGGCUACAUGAAACCAUUAGAAUUGCUGUGCUGGGGCAUGGCCCCCGCAGAGGGCAUGCCAUAAAUCAAGAUGUAAGAGAGGAGGUAAAAACGCCAGCUUUCCACCACCGAAAUUCAUUGCCAACUUAUUAAGAUUCACAGAUGGAAUGCUUUUGGUUGAUGAAUUAUAUAAGAUGAUCUGCAAUAUUUCAACAUGAAGACAGAGCCCCCAGUGCUGGUAUGUACCCACCAAUGUCAAAGAUAGCUUUUGUGACAGAGAAAACAUGUUGCUUUUUACUUGUAUUAAUUUCUUUAUUAUAAAAAUUUCCUCCAAUUA